CUGAAUCAUUAAGCGCGUACUCUACCCGAGCAAGUCGGCUGUGCGUCAGCUGAGAACGAGAAGCUGCUCUGACGAAACGAGCACACGGCUGAGGAGAACCGGUUCUAAAACACAGCCUCUCUCCAGUAACGUCGGGGGACUCCUACAUUAAUUUAUAGUCUUGGAUAUGCAGUGGCAGUGAGAUCACAUGAGGAGAGCGGUUUACAAGAUGUCAGCAGUAAAUGAAUCUGAAGGUGGAGGACCUCAGAAGAGUGCAAGCAAAGAUCACAAAAAGCCUACAGCAGAGGCAGUGAAGGGAGCCAUUCAGCUUGGCAUUGGCUACACGGUGGGCAAUCUGACCUCUAAGCCAGACAGAGAUGUGCUCAUGCAAGACUUUUACAUGGUGGAGAGCGUCUUUCUCCCCAGUGAAGGUAGUAACUUGACCCCAGCACAUCACUACCCUGACUUCCGCUUCAAAACCUACGCCCCUGUGGCCUUCCGCUACUUCCGAGAACUGUUUGGGAUUAAACCUGAUGACUAUCUGUAUUCCAUUUGCAAUGAGCCCCUAAUUGAACUGUCUAACCCCGGGGCGAGCAGCUCUUGGUUCUAUUUAACGAGUGACGACGAGUUUAUCAUCAAGACAGUGCAGCACAAAGAGGCAGAGUUUCUGCAGAAGUUGCUUCCUGGCUAUUACAUGAAUCUUAACCAGAACCCAAGGACCCUUCUGCCCAAGUUCUAUGGCCUCUACUGCGUCCAGUGCGGAGGAAUCAAUAUCCGACUGGUGGUGAUGAACAACGUCUUACCUCGUUCUUUGACAAUGCACUACAAAUAUGACCUGAAAGGAUCAACAUACAAGCGACGAGCUUCACGCAAAGAAAGAGCCAAAUCCUCUCCCACCUUUAAAGACUUAGACUUCCAGGAGAUGCACUUUGAGGGCCUGCACUUGGACGCAGAAACAUACCAUGCCCUGAUGAAGACCCUGCAACGAGACUGUCGGGUUCUGGAGAGCUUUAAGAUCAUGGACUACAGUCUACUGCUGGGGGUCCAUGUGCUGGGUAAAAAGAUGAGGGAGAGAGGAGGCAGGGGAGACAGCAGGCGGCAGGGAACCCAAAAAGUUCUAUAUUCCACUGCUAUGGAGUCCAUUCAGGGAGGAGGAAAACCAGCAGAGCCUCUACCAGACACCGACGAUGAGACAAUGGGUGGGAUCCCUGCCAAACACAAAGACGAAAAGUUGCUGAUCUUUUUGGGAAUCAUCGACAUCCUACAGUCAUAUAGAUUUAUCAAAAAGGUUGAGCACUCAUGGAAAGCCCUUGUUCAUGAUGGAGACACCGUAUCAGUCCACAGGCCGAAUUUCUAUGCUGACAGGUUCUUGAAGUUUAUGGGUGGCACCGUAUUUAAAAAGAUCAAUCCUCUCCGAGGUGCUUCCUCUCGGAGGAAAAGGAGCUCCAUCCAACCCAUCAGGUCUGUAUCACAGGAAGUCCUUGCAACAGUUAAGGAGGAGACAAAUGAAGAGAGGAAAGCACAAAGCCUGGAAAAUCUGGAUGACAAAGAUUUGGGUUACUCUCAGAAACCUGAUGUUAUCCCAAGCUCUACCAAUCUGAAUGUGACCGCUUCAGUUGCUACCAUGUCCUCCGUUUCCUCUUUAGAUGACAUUAAGCUUGAGCACGAGGAGGAUGUAGACAGCAGAGGUCAUCGCCGGACCUCCAGCUCAACCCUGGCUCUAGAAGACAGUGCCCAUCCAAGCACAUCCCCCCAGAGCAGGACCCCUGAUUCAGAGCUUGAUGUUUACUUGUGAUGUAUGAAAUCCGCUGAAAUGGACCUGCUGGCUGAAACGUCUGCAAGAUGAUCAAGCAGGAGAUGGACCUACAAUCAGUUAGCCAUAUUCUGUCCCAAUUAGCAACAGAGUGCUUUGUCCAAAAAUGCUAAUGUUGCUAAUAAACAGAGAAAAGUGGCAGAGAUCCAGUUUGCUUUCUGCGAAUUGGGUCAUGCUAACUAGUCUGUGCUAGCUUUCACUUCAUUAGCAUUUUUAUAUGAAGAAUUCCUUUUAGUCAGUGUGCUUGGACAGUGUCAAUGCUGGCUAUUGACCGUCUCUGAGGGUCACUGAAGCACAGAUUGCACAUUGAGUGUGAUGUCCCUCGCUCCAUAUUGCUGCUAAUACAGAAGAGGCUGAACAGGCCUCAAGUUUUAAAUGGCAGAGUGAUUUCCACACUGUAGAGUUGUACAGCUUUCUAUUGUUUUUGCACUUGUCAACUUUAAAGUGUACAUUUACAUAUAAAACAUUAUUCAGUCUCUGUGCUGGGAGCCCUUUA